AUGGCUGCCGCUGUUUAUUUGAGAGUCACUGACGCUGAUGGGAACACAAAGGUCUCACUUUUGUGUUCAAAAACGCAAGUAGCACCGCUGAUGACCAUGACAAUUCCACACUUGGAAUUAUCUGCUGCAUGGUUACUUACACAACUGAUACUUCAUGUCAAGGAAGUUCAGUCACUAGAAAAUGUCAGGAUCAAUCUCUGGACUGACUCCGCCGUGACUCUCGCAUGGAUUAAAAGUCCAGCAACCCGCUGGAAGACAUUCGUCCGCAAUAGAGUGGGAAAAAUCCAAGAAACGCUUCGAGAUGUCUCCUGGAAAUUUAUUCCAGGAAAGCAAAACCCCGCUGACUGCGCUUCAAAAGCUGUUUCUACUGCUACGGAAGCUCAGCAUCUGGCAUCGUGUCAUCGACCGCUUCAGAAGAGUUCCACAAUCUUCGCUGGCCUACCGCUUACUCCAUCAGACCUGGAGCGCGCUAAAUUGACCUUGAUUAAGUUUAAUCAAGGACAAUACUUCGCUAGAGAGAUUCACACGCUUCAAGAUGGUGAUGGUCUGCCGAAAAAUAACUGUAUCACCAAGUUGACUCCGUUCAUUGACCAUCAGGAGGUCCUGAGAGUCGGUGGCCGCUUGAAAAACGCAUUGCUGGACCCAGAAGAAAAGCAUCCAGCAAUCUUGCCAAGACAAUCACCGCUUACAUCAAUCCUGAUUGAUGAUUCGUACCGCAAAACGCUUCACGGAGGUACUCAGCUUACGCUCGCUGACUUACGCAAGAGUGUCUGGAUCAUUGGAGGCCGUGUUCCAGUCAGAUCAUUCAUAUUACGCUGCGCUAUCUGCACCAGACACCGUGGUGAACGCGCUCAACAGUUGAUGGGUCAACUACCUGCCGCACGAGUGCAGCAAACUCGAGCUUUCCUGCAUACAGGACUCGACUACGCUAGACCCAUCACUCUGAAAACCUUUCAAGGACGUGGAGCAAGAACAUACAAAGGGGCAGAUAAAGAGCUGAAACGACUAUUCGCUGCAGGAUCCCGCUCACUUCGAGAAUUAUCAGUGUUAAUCGCUCAAAAUGGCACGAACUGGAAGUUCAAUCCGCCUAGAGCUCCACAUUUUGGAGGAAAAUGGGAAGCCAUUGUCAAAUCAAUUAAGUUUCAUUUUCGACGAACAAUCGGAGACUCGCUGUUGACGCUAGAGCAACCGCUCACACCGCUGAAUGAAGAUCGUGCUGACCUGGCAGUACUGACACCAGAUCAUUUCUCAAUCGGACAGUCACUCAACGCAGUUCCAGAGCCAUCGCUGACAGAAGUACGACCCGUUCGGCUCUCGACUGCAUCCACUGCUACCAGGCCAUUAACAAAGUGGCAUCAUCAACGCAACGAGAUCAAAGUGGGUUCAGUUGUACUGAUCACCACUAAGGAUGAUCCCGCCAACCAAGUGGCCAUUAGCAAAGUCAUCGCUCUCCAUCCAGCGGAAGAUGGACAAGUCCGCGUGGUAACUGUCAAGACAGUUAACACAGAGCUAGUACGUCCAAUUACAAAGCUCUGUGUCUUGCCGCUAACAUAUGAAGAAGACGAUCUUGUCGACGCAGCCACCAACCCAGGGGAGAAUGUUCAGUGA